CCAUACGAGAAGGAUGGUUAGUUUUCAGGGAACCAUUUGUUGCUAGAACAGACAGCAAAACUAAGUUACACUUAGUACUAUUUUUACAAGCUCCCUGGAGACUUCCUUUCAAGGGAAGUGAAAUCAUUCAUGAGAAUGGGAAGUGAUUACACUGUUUUCAAACGAAUUUACCAAAUAAGACAACCGGUGUUCACUUUGACAGGUAACAACAACGUACUAGCGCGGAUUUAUCUGAUGGCGAAGGUUGAGAAUGAGCCCCAAUCAUGGCAACGGGAUAUCGUUUAGAUAAAAACGGUGAUGAAGAUCCAGAAAUUUGCGUCACAUUAAGACCAGAAUACGUUGCAAUUGGACAUGGCGGAACUAUUAAACUCGAGGGAGAAAUUUCGCCCCACAGAGCCGAUUAUGAAAUCAAAUGGUACAAAGAUCUUGGAGAUGGCCCCGAAUUGAUCGACACUGGACAAAUAAAGUACACUGGUACCAGGAAUUCUGAACUCGUGAUCAACAGAGUGGAAGAAAACAAUGCAUGUCACUAUCAUAUGGAGGUUUCCCUGCGAAAUAGAAAAAUCGCUUGCAGCAAGAAGUCAGUUGUCCACUUAUUUGGUCAUAAACACCGGAACAUAUUGACAGUGGAGGAAAAUAACUUUGUAAGGUUUGUUCUCCUUGUUAAAAUUAGCGAGGACGCUCUCAGAAUUUUAUUUGACACACUUGUUCCUCCAUCAACAUUAGAAAACCAUCUUUUCGAGCAUGAGAGUAAACUUGUAAAGAGAUGUACAGCAGAGCAAUGUCAUAUAUUGUAUCCAGAUAAUGAGGUAAAGGUUUCCUCAGCAGAUUUUGAUGCAACCUUGAUAUACACAUUACUAAGAAAUACCCUUAGUAACGGUAAACAGAGGAAUGAUAUCAAAAAGCCAAAAAAUGGCUGGGGCAAUGAUCCAGAUACGAAAAGUAUUCGUAUUGCAGAUGAUGUUGAAAGAAUACGGUUACAUAGGAAUUUUACUUUCCAUGACAAAACAAGAUGGCUUUCAUCAGAAGAAUUUGACAAGAAAUGGAACGAUUUGGCGAGGGUUAUUCAUAGAUUGUGCGACGGGAAACUAGACGAUGAAGUUGCCAAAUAUAAAGUGAAACAUUUAGAUCUUGGAAUAGAUCUUAUCCAAUUUGAAGACACGGAUCAAUUGGAAUUGGAAAACUGGAGAGAAGACGACCAUGUUUUUAUAAAAACGCGGGCCUACUAUGAAGUAAUGAUGUGCAUACGUACCAAAAAAUGUGUUGUAAUUAUCGGGGGUCCUGGAUCAGGGAAAGUUACAACCGCUAGGCACUGUGCCUUAGCUCUUCAGGAGGAAGGUUGGAAAAUAAUUGCAGUUUCAUGCGUAAAACAAAUCAGACAGCAAAUUCAGAGUUAUUCGUCAAAACAUAAUUCGACGGGAUGUGUAUUUGUUAUUGAAAAUCCCAUUGGUAGAUACAAAUUGAAUCUCAGUGAAUGUGAAGGCUUGAAAAACCACCAAUCCUUUUUAGAGAGUAUGUUGAAUAGUACAAAAGUGGAAAUAAGAUUGAUAUUUACGGCAAGAAGAAGUAUAUAUAAAGAAGCACAAUGUUUAAGCUUCUUAAUUUUUCAAGACAAAUACCUCGUAGAUUUAGAAUCAGAAGAUUUUCAAUUAAACAGUGAAGAAAUGCAGAAAAUAUUUGCUCAACAUUGUUUGACACAGAACGUUCAUCCAAUGUUCAUGGACUUGCAUUUCCGAUGUUCGGAAAAUGAUGCUCCCCUAUUGCGAGAAAGAAAUAUUUCAACAAGAAAAUUAAGAGGAAUACCUUCGAAAACACUUGCAAGCGCUGAAUUUGAUCUAAAUGAAUACCCGAUGUUGCCAUUGCUUUGUCAGAUAUAUGCUAGCAACUCCUUAAUUCAAAAACACGGUAUUACGUUUUUCAAAGAACCUUGCGAUACUUUGAUAAAGCAGCUUGAAGAAAUGUGCCUAUUUGAAAAGGAAAAGUACUGUGCGUUAGUCUUGUGUAUGUUAGCGGGAAACGUUGUAACAGGUGAAACAUACGAAAAUCAAGAACUUUUGAAAGACGUAUUCAAAGUUUGUGGAGAAGUUCCAAUAAGAAAAAUUCAAGAGGCAUAUGUACAAAUGCGAGGGACAUUUGUUGUAAAGGUUGAUUAUGGUUUUGCUAUCAGCCCAAAUAUUCUCUUUGAAGUUUUGGCAUGUAAAUAUGCGUCAGAAAAUCCUAGGCAUAUGUUAAAAUACAUGAAUAGUAAAUUCAUUUUAAGUCAUUUGUAUUUGAGCAAGACAAGAAUGCACAACAAUCCAGCUUCAAGUAUACUUUUGCCACGUAAAUUGUUUACGGAAUUGUCGGAAAGGCUCUAUUCCGAUUUACAACAGAAAAAAUAUCAAGACACGUUCAAUAAUGAAUGCAUGAAAGAUGCUGAGUUUCAGUGCUUCUUUGCAGAGUUCUUAAACAGAGUUGAUUGCCGUGAAGUAUACGAAAUCUUCCUUACAUCGUUAUCGCAGUUUGACGAUUACAUCUAUACGAACUCCUCUAUGAAUGAAGAAUUUACUAAAGUUGACGUAUACAAACUUGGCUUUAUGGUUGACCAGCAGUUUGAUGGAGGUGUUUGGGUGAAGUGUGCAAGAGGAAUCAAUUGGGUCAUUGGAUAUGGCCAUUGUGACGUACUUCUGACCAUAGUGAGGAAAUCGGAAGAAUAUUUGUCAUCAAAUAAUGGAAUAUUUGGCUCUGAUUCCAAAGAAGAAGUUCGAAUGUUAAUAUUGGGGUGCUACAGUAAAAAUCUACGUGUGGUAGAGAUUAUCUUAAAAUAUGUAGACCAAUGCUGUAUUGAAAGUGAAUACGAAGGCACAUAUACGCCACUAAUUGCUGCAUGUCAGACUGGAAAUGAGGAUAUAGUAGAAUGUCUUAUACUAGCAGGUGCAGAUGUUAAUAGGUUCAACACAAGUUAUUACAACGUCCUCAGAACCCCGCUCAUUGUUGCAGUAGAAUACGACGACUUGCAUCUGGUAAAACUACUUGUAAAACAUAAGGCUGAUAUAAAUAAAUGCAAUUUUGAAAUGGAAUCUCCGUAUGAAAUAGCUUGCAGAUUAGGCAACUCCUCCAUUGCAAACUUUUUAAGGGCAAACGGUGCUGAUGUCAAUACUACGGCUCUGGUUAGGGCUAUAAAAAACUCCCAUCGAAAUGCCAUCAAAUUGUUGCUGGAAAGAAAACAUUUGAUUAACAAAACUGACUCUUCCGGAAUGACGCCUCUCCAUUGGGCUGUGCAUUGUAAUGAUCUUGUCUCUAUUGAGCAACUGAUCAGUAGGGGCGCUCAAUUGAUCAUGGAUGAUGUGGAUGAUCAUGGUUAUACUCCAAUGGAUAGUCCUUGUUGCGACGGGUUUUCAUCUGCUGUAGAGGUUUUCUCUCAGUACAGCAAAAUAGAAAAGGUUCCGCGACAGACACUAGUGUUAACUGAUGUAAUAAAGGCUAAAAAUUUGCCGAUAGUCAUGGAUUUGUUGAAUCACGGAGCGGACCCAAACCAAAUCAUUGAAGGUGAAUUGCCUCUUUGUGUUGCAUGUGCACGGGGAUAUCUGUUUAUUGUCAAAUAUUUGCUGAAAUGUCAUGCCAAUGUGAAUAGCUGUGACAAUGUCUAUGGUUCUCCUUUACAUGCAGCAGCACAAAACGGAGGUCUGACUAUUACAGAAGAAUUAUUGAGAAAUGGUGCAUGUUCUAAUGUAUUUUACAACGGAUUAUCGCCCUUACACAUUGCGGUCAAAUAUGGACAUUUUGACGUUAUUCAAUGUUUAGUCAAAAAUGGGAGUCACGUAAACUUCAAAGAUGCUAAAAACUUCACAGCUUUCCAUCAUGCUGCGAAAGAAAAUCAUUUGGACAUUGUAAAAUACUUAAUUCAAAACGGCACCGACAUUGGUUUUUCCGACAUCCAAGAAGAUUUGUUAUUCCGAUUAUUGAAACACUAUGAUGUACUAAUGUGUCUUAUUAGGCAUGGUGGAAUUGUGCAGAAAGCUGUUGCAGGAAAUCGACUAGAUAUAAUUAAACUUUUAGUCAAGAACGUAUCACCACUAGCAAAAGCGGAUAUAUUUCGUUAUACACCUAUCAAUUUCAUUACGGCUACAGAAAAGGGGAAUAUUGAAAUGAUUGAAUAUUUUAUCACAAACGGAGUGGAUGUAAAUACACAAGAUACAAAUGAACAAACUCCUCUCUUUUUUGCAAUUGUAAAUGAUCACUACGAAAUUGUGAAUAUUUUGCUAGAUUGUGGAGCGUCGACAGCAGUAAGAGAUAUAUUACAACGUACGCCACUUCACUGGGUAGCAGAAAGACAGUGUCCUAAUCUCGUAGAUACUCUAAUGGCGCACGGAUCGAAAGUAAAUGCCCAAGAUAGAGAAGGGAAGACCCCUCUACACAGAGCAUGCGAAGGUUCCAAUCUUCUCGUAGUCCAAAAAUUAAGAGAAAACGGUGCUGAUAUAAGUAUCAGGGAUAACAAUGGACAUACACCUACCAAUAUUGCUUUUAUGAAUAAAAGAAGAAAUAUUUAUGAAUAUCUAUUUACUUUGGAAUGCAUUAUAAUAUGUCGUCCAUAAUCAUAGUGUGCAUGGUGCGUGUUUAUAGUCACAGUUUUUCCAAAAUCAGGAAACACGUUACACAAUGUUCACGUGUAACCUCCCUCCCAAGUAGAAAAACAAUCUAUAAUCUGUUACAUGUGGGUGUGGUCUCAAAACCGUGGGGUAACAACCUUAGAAAUAUAAAUUCUGAGUAUAUAGUAACCACGUAUUGAUACUUAACAAUAAAAUGGCAGUGAGUUAUAGUAUGUGUUAUUUGUAUAUGAGUGUUUGAUUUGUACAGUUUUAUUUUCAUUAUCAACAAAAUCUCGAUGUGUGAAUGCUGAAGUAUUUUCUAGUAAUCGUUCGGUUUGAUUACUGUUACAUUUCACGAUGUCACCCAUUCUGCGGUCAUAUUACACAUAUGUUAGCUGCAGACUUUUACCUAAUUAUAACGUUGUCUCAGACACAGGCAGUGCAAUGAUUAAAAUGUAUAUAAAUGAAUGAUUCAAAACAGUUAACCUCGUAUUGGCCAUUAAAUCAGUCGAGUAUUGAUAUUAAUGUUGGCAGUAAAUCAAAUUGAAUGUACCUUAAAAUAUGAAGUUAUAAUUUAUGUAACAUGUAUAUUGCAAUUUGCCAGUGAUAAAAGAAUGCGUGUUUACUUGAAUAAAUAAUAAAUGAUAAAAUACGCUCA